CGUAGCUAAUUUGCAUAAGUUCAAAUUUAUAUUUAGAAAUUCUAGAAUAAAAAUAUUUAGAACAAUUUCGGGGCAUUCGAUUUGCUCGAAAUCUGUUUGUAAAUUCGAUGAUAAAAUGGAAAAUAAUACAGAAAUUAAGCUCUUAGCCGAAUUAAAGACUAAGGAUCGCGAAAUCAAACAACUCAGAAGAGAAUUGUGCAUACUUCACGAAAGGAAUAGUUUCUGGUUGAAGCAUCAAUGCAGACACAAGAGGCUGGAAGCCAGAAACUCGAACGAUGACUCGAAGAACCUCACUGUUAACGAAGCAACCGAGGAAGGCAAAAUAAACCUGGGUGUCUGUGGAUCGAGUAGAAAGAAUCCAAACAAAAGGAAGUAUACUUCCAACAGCAAUGAGAGUUCGGAUUUAGACGAUAGAUCGAGUAGCAGCGAAACCAAUGUAAGAAGAAAGGAAAGAAAAAUAUUAAAGACAAGUCAAGUGCCAGAGAUCAUGUACAAAAGACUGUUUAAGGAACACUUGGAGCUACAACGUUCGUUCUCCUUGUUUCGUCAGAUAGUCAGCGAGAAGAAAGGGGAAGAAAUCAAAAAUAAAAAUGUCGUUAGUCUGGCCGACGAGAAUCAGAAAUUGGGGCACAUCGCUCUUCACUUAAAAAAUAAAAUUCAAAAGUUGCGCCGUGAACUGAAAGAAAGUCAAGAUCAGAAUGAAUUGUUAGAGUUUUGCGUGUUGGAAAUUGAAAAUCAAGGAAAGUCGGCAUCGAAACCGGUGGAUUGCGGAGUAAAUACCGAAAGAUUUCCGGUUUGCUCUACUACCAGGAGCUCCGAAUUUGAUUCGUCGGUUUCGUCCUCCACGUCAGACGAUUUAAAUGAAAAGAAGGUAACGGAAUUAAAGAAUAGUUUAAAGGAAUUAUACUGCAUUCAGGAUUCGACUUCCGACCGUUCUGUUCUAAUAAAAGCGGCAUCUUGUAUCCAAAACAGUUAUAACACCGUAUGCAACUUACAAAACGAUGUUAACAAUUUGAAGAAACGUCUGGAAGAAAUUACGGGAGAAAAGGAAGAUCAGACUCGUUCCAAUUGCGAACUUUCGAAAAAUUACGAACAAUGCAAAGAACAUUUGGAAGAAACAAAAUCGCAACUGAUAGAUAUUUCGGAAAAAUUAGCAGCGGUUGAAAAAAGAGAAGAGAAUUUGUACCUUUCCGAACAAAUGAAUGUAAAAUUUAAAGAAUUCCUUCGAGUGAUUCUGCAGGAUACUUACACGUUAUUGAAUUAUUCCAAUAAGAAAGAAAACGACGUGGAAAUUUUGAAAAAUAAACUUAAUGAACUUCAUAAAAUAGAAAAAGAAGCCGUUUCACAAGCCAAAAUUGCUGGGACUCUGCAAGCCUCACCAAACCCUCUAUUAUCGGAGAUUGGGGAGGGAGUAAUUUAUAAAUUUGUAACGUUUGCCGAAAACUUCAACCUGUCGCAGGACGUGGCAUCCGAAACGUCGGAAAACGACUGCGAAAUUCGAGAACUUCGUAUGACGUUACAAAAACAAGACCUGCUGAUCGAAAACUAUGCCAGGCAACAAGAAGAACUCUUUAACAGCUACAACGAGUUAACCUCGAAGUUAGCCGAACACGAGUCGAUUAAGUACGAUCUCACUCAAAAAAUAAACAUGCUAGAAAAAUCCGAACAGGAUCUGGUGGAAAAGAAUUUGAAAUUGUAUAUCGAUUACGUGUCGGCUAAAGAGGAGGUACAGAAAUUACUAAUCGAACUGGAAAACAGGCAGGAGUUUUUAUCUUCCGGUUCGUCUCGAGGAGUUCACGAGGAUUCGGUGCAAAGUGCCGAAAUCAAGAGGACACUCAGUGAAGAAUCGGACCCGUUGGGUACGAUGACCAGCGAAGACGAGGGUCUGGGAGAAGAAAGGAGGGGAGAUUCGACCGGACCCAGCAGUCUUGCCGACCUUCAGGAAUCUGAAGAAGAUAUACUUAAUCGAACGUCGGAUUUCGAAUCCGAAACGGUGGAAGAUCAUAAUUUGGACUUGGAGAUUUCUCAGAACAGUUUGUUAGAAGUGGGAAUCGACACUCAGGAAUUCAUGGAGCAUCAGAAGAUGAAAUCCGAGUGGAAGAAAGAAAUGGAUCGAUUAAGAGAAAGAGAGAAAGAAUUGACCAAACAGUUAAAUUGUUCGCAAAAUUUGAUUUCUAAAUUAUAUAAAAGUAUUAAAGUUAAAGAAGAGCAAGUCAGAAAGCUGCUUCAAGAAAAUUGUACGAGAAAUCACGAGAACUGCCAGGAACAAGAGUUAAAAUCGAAACUGGCAUACGUGCAGAACGAUUUGGCGAGUCUUCAAGAAAGGUUAGCCUUAUCGGAAGAAGAUAAAAUGUCUUUAAAAGAACAAUUAUUAGAAUUAGAAGAAGCGGAAAACGAUGCUCGAUUAACCGGUCAAAGGUUGCAAGAAAAAUUAAAUUUAGCCGCCGAGAAAGAAAAUCAACUUCGGAGUCAACUGGAAAAGCUCAAAAAUCCUCCGGACGAAUCGUUUAAUCGGUCCGAAUAUCAAGACAUGACGAGAAACGAACUAGUUUCUCAAAUAGGGUACAUGGCGGUUUUAAUACAGAAAUACGAAGAUCACAUACAAACUCUGGAAACGUCCAAAUUAAAUCUGCAGCAGAGAGUUUGUUGUUUGGAACAGCUUUUAAAAUCUGCCGAAGCUCUUACCAGCGCGUUUAACAAUCGUUUGGACGUCAAAGAAGAGUUCGUGCUACCAAACGAUUAUCUAAAUGUGGAAUUUUAUAAAAAGUCAAGUGUCGGUCUUGCAGUUUCUACGCAGACCGAUUUUAACACGGAUAAUAUCUGUGCUUUUUGUAAUUCGUUUCUAAUUCCUCCCGAAAUUCCCAAACUUUCCGAGUGUUCUACCCCCGUCCAGCAAGAAUUAUUACAGAGAUUGCACGUUUUAGAAAAGGAAGAUCAGACUUUGCGCGAGCAACUUCAUCAGAUGGACGGAAUGAAUUUGGCAUUGUGGAAGAAACUGCACAAGUUGGAGGCUCACGUGGGAAAAUGCCUGAAGAAAUACACAAUAGAGUAUUUUCUGGAUGAUGGCCCAAGCCAAGGGUUAUCCGAAUUAUUAGAAUUAAACGAAAAUGAAAACAUCUGUGUGGAGAAACAGAGUUGUAGUGUCGACGAUCGGCCCGCUUUGUUGCCCAGUGCCAAUUCGGAUCAGCACAUUCUUCAAAGAAUUCUCUCUCUGGAAAGUAGCGAACAGAAACUUAAGGAACGCCUGCUACAGUUAGAAUGUAUUAACCACGAAUUUGAAAAAGAAUUGGAAAUUAGAGAGAGACUAUACAAAGAAAAGGAAAUUCAACAGCAGAAAUGGCUGGAAAUUGAAGAUUCUUUCAAAGAAACUAUAAAGAAUUUGGAAAACGAAAAGAUGUGUUUGCAUAACAAAGUCUUAGUUUUAGAGGAAGAAAAGCUGCAACUGCAUAAAAAUAUAAAUAAUUUACAGUCGGAACUCGAGGCGCUGAAGAGCAAUCACGAUAAAUCGUUGAAAGAACUAGAAUUAAAUCGUCAGAAGGCGUUAAUUCAAUUGGAGAAGAAACAACAGAACUUCGGAGCCUUAGAGGCUAAACAGGUGCAGAGAAUGACGGAAUUGGAGCACGAACAGAAAAGUAUCGGCAUAACUUCCAAAACGUUCGAGAUCGACUUGGAAAAGUAUAAUUUAAUAACGUGCGAAUUAGAAAUGUUGAAGAAAGAUCAUCGCGUGUUGAAAGAGAGUGCGAAAAAGAAUAAAGAAGAGAUCGAAACUCUUACGAAAGACUUUGAAUUUCAGUUCGACAUGCUGAAUAAGCUACAAAGAUCCAAAGAAGAAAAGUUAAACGGCGAAAUCGAUCAUCUGUUAAGCAAAGAGAGAGAUUAUAAUUCAAAAAUUAUCGAAAUGCUGGAGAAACAAGCCAUUUUAGAACAAGAAUUACUAAGUAAAGAAUCGGAGCUGGAACAAACCAAGAAAGAAUUCCAACAUCAGAUGAAAAUGUUAGAAGAAGAGCACCACGUUAUAGAAGCGGAAUUGAAAUGGAAGUUGAAAGAGAUGGAAGAGAAUGCGGCUAUUACCGUUAAAGCACUGAAAGAAGAAAAGAAACGAUUGGAAAACGAUUUGCAAGCCGAUCUGGAAGAUCUGCACGCCAAAGAGGAAGCUUAUAAAUUACGCAUUUCCGAACUCGAAUCCUUCGUAGAGCAGCUCAGAAAAGAAGCAAACCAGAUUACAGAGGCAAACGGUUCGAAAUGCAAGGAGGAAAAAUUGGGAAUUCAGUCCGAAAACGUGUUACUUUUGCAAAAGUUAAGCGAGUUUCAGAAAAACGAGAAGGAAUUAAAAGAGAAACUGAUAGAUAUGGAAAAGAAAGAAGAAGCUUACAAGGAAACUUUAGAACACGCGGAAAAAAUCAUCGCUACCUUAGAAAAGGACUACAACGAGAAAAUCGACGAACUGGAAUCGUCGGAACGAUCGCUGAAAUUGAGAAUAAAUCAGUUGGAAGAGGUAGAGAAUUGUUUUCACUGCAGUCUGGACAAAGAAAAGAGGAUGUCGGAAUUCAGAAAGUCUAAUAACUUGAUAGAAGAAUUGUUAGAAAGCGAAAUGAGGGAAGCCGCUUUAAAGGAGCAAAUCCUAGAUUUGGAAUCUAAUCAGAGAAAUCUCUUGCAAAAAUUGCACGAGAUGGACAAAAAUAAAAAAUAUUUACAGGAAGAGUUAGGCAAUCACGAAGAAAUGAUUUGUAAGGUGGAAAAGUUGCAGCGACAAGUGGAAUUCCUAAAGAAAGAAUUGAUUUCGGUGCAGAAUUCCGAAAAAGCGUUACAAGAAACGCUUCAGCAGGCCGACGACAUUCUAAUUCAGAAAGAAGAAGACCUGAAACAAGACUUGAUGCGGGUGGAAGAAGAAAAGAAGGAAUUAGAAGAGACUAUAUUGCAGUUAAGAAAGCAAGUUAAAGAACUGGAAUCCAUGCUGGAGAAGUCUGAGUUCGAAAAAUUAUCCUUUGGAGAACAUCUCUACAAUACGGUGGGAAAUUCCGAUAUAGAAGAGGAAUUUGUACAGAAAACUUACGAGGAUCGUCAGAAAGCAGAAAAUAUUGGGACAGAAUUAAACUCGAGAAAAAGUAUUACACGUGACGACGAAAACAAUCCUUAUUCGUUAUGUGUGGAAUUCAACAAUGUCGGUCGCUUACAAAUCGAAACUUUGUCGGACAUGUGCCAAAGGGUGUUGGGGAGGAGCCAAAAUUCGACGCGGGAAGAACCUCGUCCUUUAGAAAGAACCGAUUCUUAUUUUGACGAAGUGGAAGAAGACGCCGACGAUGAUUUAAAUUUUGGCUGCAUGAGUCCUGAACUGGACAUCUGUCGGUCAGAAGCGGAUGGGAUUUCUCCUGUGACGUGGUCGAGGACGCCCGGAAUAGUAUCUCUAGAAGAUUUGACUACGGGUCUGGAGGCUCAACUGCAAUUAGAACAAUGUGUUUUAAGAGCAGUAGCUUCCAUGGAGAGAGAGAUGCAAUUAAAGGAAGCAUCCAAAAUUUUACCAGAUGAUACUAUUUCUGGCAACAAUGAUAGUUUACAUACAGAAAAUGUGGAUAUGGGCGAUUCUGGCAUGACUUCGACAAAUGAUCUUAUUUCCAAAUCCGAAAUAACAACAGUACAAACUGAACUGCACCAACAGCAGUCUGCUAAUCCUCUUCCUCCAAGUAAUUUCUGUAUAUUGCGUCAAAUUGGUAAUCACGGUCUCUUAGUCAGUUGGACGACACCGAAAGAAGGUUGUCAAAUAGGAGGUUACCAAAUAUAUGUUGAAGGAAAACUUCAUCAGAAAGUGCGAAGUCCGGAAUGUACCAAAGUGAUUCUGUCUAAACUAAAUGUUUUCCAACCGCUGAACAUUGGUAUAUAUUCCAUAUCCACAUUAGGGCACACGUCGGAGCCUGUGUUCGCUUUUCAUCCCGGUUCUUCGCAACUUGCUAUAAAUAACAAUAAUGUACCAUUUAUGUGCAGGACGGAACAUAGUUGUGUAUUGAGGAUAUACGGAGAAGAUAAUGAGUGUCGGGAAUUUUCUGUACAGAAAGGAAGUAAUGUACUUGUAACCGGUGUUCCUGAUGAUGAUGGAUUUUGUACAGUAAAGAUUGAAAAUCAGGAAGGAAAAUUACCUUUUAGCGUGUUGAAAGAAGUUGAAAAUUAUUGCUUUGAUCAGCAAUAGGAACAAUUGUGCCAAAUACAUCAGUGUAAAGAACAAUUUA